UGAUUGAAUCGCUACUAUGUACAUCCCUUAUAGCUACUGUUCUUUUUCUCCUUUAUAAGAACACACCUAUCUUUCAUUUCAAUACACCAUCCACACAUAUCAAAAAUGGCAAUUCUCAUUUUCUUUCUCCUACUUUUUCCUAUCUUCCUCUUCUUGUUUCUUUUCAAGAAGCACACUGCCCUUCAUCUUCCUCCUGGCCCUAAAGGUGAUCUUAUCUUUGGAAACUUAAAACAGAUUGAUAACUCCAACCUUCAGAAGUAUUUAUGGGAACUUUCCAAACAAUAUGGAGAUCUCAUGUCUUUAAGGUUAGGUAUGAAGCAAACCCUUGUAGUUUCUUCAUCUAAAAUGGCAAGAGAGGUGUUGAAAACCCAAGAUCUUGAAUUCUGUAGUAGACCUCGUUUAUCUGGUCUACAAAGAAUUUCAUACGAUGGUGUAGACUUGGCUUUUUCUCCUUAUGAUGCUUAUUGGAGAGAAAUGAGAAAGAUCUCUGUUGUUCAUGUCUUUAACUCUAAUAGAGUUCAAAGCUUUCGCGCCAUUAGAGAAGACGAAAUUCGUAGUAUGCUUGAAAAAAUUUCGAAACUAGCAGAUAACUCGAGUGUCGUCAACUUGUCUGAAAUAAUGAUGUCUGUCGGAAGUGGCACGGUCUGUAGGAUUGCAUUUGGAAGGAGGUACAAAGAAGGAGGAAGUGAAGAUAAAAGGUUUCAUGACUUGUUAAUGGAACUUCAACUCAUGUUUGGAAGCUUUUUCUUUUCGGAUUACUUUCCUUAUGUAGGAUAUGUUCUUGACAAAUUUUCUGGGAUUCUUUCACGACUUGAUAAGGUUUUUCAUGCAUUUGAUGAUUUCUAUCAAGAACUUAUCGACGAACAUCUCGAUCCAAAGAGAGAAAUACCCGAGUAUGAGAACAUUCUUGAUGUCUUGCUUCAAAUUAAGAAGGAUCGCUCUUUUAAAGUCCAAUUAACUUUCAAUAAUGUCAAAGCAGUUCUCAUGAACAUGUUUGUUGCUGGAACAGACACAAGUGCAGCUUCUGUAAUUUGGGCAAUGUGCUUCCUGCUGAAAAAUCCAAGAGAAAUGGAAAAGGCACAAGAAGAAGUUAGAAACUUAGUUGGAAAAAAAGGUUUUGUAGAUGAAGAUGAUAUUCAAAAGUUGCCUUACCUUAAGGCUGUAGUGAAAGAAAUGAUGAGACUACAACCCCCAGUUCCAUUACUAAUCCCAAGAGAGACAGUACACAGAUGCAAAUUAGGGGGUUAUGAUAUACCUCCAAAAACCCUUGUUUAUGUUAAUGCAUUCGCUGUUGGAAGGGAUCCUGAAGCUUGGGACAAUCCGUUGGAGUUUCAUCCUGAAAGAUUCUUGAACAGUGAUAUUGACAUGAAAGGAAAUAACUAUGAGCUAAUACCAUUCGGUGCUGGUAGAAGAGUUUGUCCUGGUAUUUUCAUGGGAAUUGCUAAUGUUGAAAUUGCAUUAGCUAAUCUUCUCUACAGAUUUGAUUGGGAAAUGCCUGCUGGAAUGAAAAGAGAAGACAUUGAUAUUGAUGGUGUCAAUCCUGGUAUUGUGGUGCACAAGAAGGGUGAUCUUUGUCUUAUGGCUAAGAAAAAUAUAUGAAUGAAAUAGAUGAAGGAAGUGGUUAUGGCUGAGAUGGUGCAAGAGUUUUCUGUAUCAUUAAAAAGUCCGCUGUAUCAUUUAUUGCACAACUCCCUUGAGUUGGAUGUGUGUUACCAGGGUGAGUUCAAAAAACAAAUGUAUGAGUGUUGUGUUUGUGAUCAUGCUAUAUCUGUGGCUAAGAAAAAAAAAAGGUAUUAAGAGCAAUGAAAAGUAAAGGAUAUUGUAUGGUAUA